UGAUAAUUUUUUUUGUAUGAAAGCUCCUAAACGCACAUUCUUUUUUAGCGACAGGUGGUGUGUUCACGCGGUUUCUCUUGAUAUUUUUGUACAGAAUAAAAAUCUAAAGAAGCCUCUGUGAAGAAAACAAGGUGAAAGAUCAGAUAUACAUAAUUAAAGAUGGCUGAAAGACCUCAGGGGUAUGGUUUUACCGCAGAAGUUAGUGAAAAAAUUAACAGUAAACAUGAUCCUGAGUUAGAACGACAAGCACUUGACUGGAUCGCGCACUUUGUUCCUGAUGGUGGUCUUUCGGAUGGGCGUUCCGCACACGAGAAACUUAAAGAUGGAGUCGUUUUGUGUAAACUAAUCAACAAAUUGCAACCUAAUUCCGUUCGAAAGAUAAAUGAAACGAAAAUGGCAUUCAAACAAAUGGAAAACAUUGGCAACUUUUUGGACGCGGUUUACAAAUUUGGUGUGGCAAAAAAUGAUAUGUUUCAAACGGUUGAUUUAUACGAAGGGGUAAACAUGCCGCAAGUGAUCACAGGUAUCCAUUCCCUAGGAAGGAAAGCAGGUACUAAGGGAUUUAAAGGUUUGGGCCCAAAAGAAUCAGCUAAAAAUGAAAGAUCAUUUACUGAAGAACAACGAAGAGCUGGGGAUGGACUCAUUGGGCUUCAAAUGGGAUCAAACAAAGGGGCUAAUCAAUCCGGUCAAAAUUUUGGUAAAACAAGAGCCAUUAUUGAUUAGUUAAUUAUAGAUAUAUUAACUCUGCGUGAAAAAGACACGCACUCUUUCACACAUUAUUUAUCUUUAUGUUUAUGUAGAUUGCAGCUACUCAAAAAAGUUCUUUUUACGUUAA